ACAGAGACGAUGUAUCGCCAUCACUUCGACUACAAAUUAAAUUUAGGAUGUUAUUAUUUAGCAUUCGGACGACGGAAGUUCCCUUGAACGAUCAAUUAGUCAUCGGAUACUUAUCGGCAUCCUACAAGGACCGACGAGCUUCAAUUCCUAGCUAACAAGCUAGAACAGCACUAUGGCAUCGUCCGCCCUGGCACAAAUAAUGAUAGACCAUUACCCUCCAUAAUACCAUAGCUACUAAAUGCUCACACACCUCACAGCGCGAACGCCCUUGCGCCUCGUCACAUCCAGCCUAUUCCUCUCGAGCCUCCUCCCGCUUUCCACGCACCAUCGACGCGCGAUGUCUACCUUCCAGCUCGACCGAACAAUCUUCAAUCCUGCUUUAUACAAGCAAGUAAUCGACGUAUGGUUCCCUGACAUGGAUCUGCAGGGCCGCGAGCUUGAUACCAAGGUGAUGCAGCGUUGGUUCAUGGCUGCGCCUGAAGAGCGGCGCGCAUUCGACGGGGUGUGUAGAGAGGCGUUUGCGCCUGCGCUGGAGGCCAUUGGACCAGAGAACUUCCCGGACGCGAAUGCGCAGCCUUUUCUCGAUGAGGUGGCAGCCGUUGCGCGGAAGGAUCAGGGCGGACAAGGGGAAGACGCGGCGUGGACGGCGCUCAGUCUGACGCUCCUGCUGGAUCAGAUGCCGAGGAAUAUAUACCGCACUGAUGAAGGUUUGCGGAAUGUGUUUACGCAUUACGACAAUAUGUCUUUUCAAUUUACUCGUGCGCUGCUCGAUGGUAGAGCUCCCGUCACACGACUAGAUACACACCCGCUGUUCCGCUACUCCGCCGCGCAUAGACUGUGGUUUUAUAUGCCGCUCAUGCACUCCGAGGACAUAGCUGCCCACCAGCAAGUCGAUCACAUACUAGACGAGUACAGACGGGAGCUGGAAGGCCUACCAGGAUAUGCGGAAGGCAAUUUGAAAGGCACACAGAUGUUUCUCGACGGGCAGAGCAAAGCAGAGGUAAUGCAUAGGGAGAUUCUGGAUCGCUUUGGAAGAUAUCCGCAUCGGAAUAGGGCGCUAGGGAGACAGAGUACAGAGGAAGAAGAAGCAUUCCUUCAGGAAGGUGGCGCGACGUUCGGUGUAGGGCAGGGGAAGAAGGCAUCUUCAUAGUGGAAGAUGGUAAAGAAUUGAGUAACAGUAUUACAUCAUAUUGAGAUUAGGCUUUAGACACGCUUGUGUGAAUGUAUCUGAAUAGAAUAGCUCUAGGCUACUUUCCCUCAUGGAGCUGGCUUGGAACCUGACAACGCCUCUAGUACCAAUAUCGCACGCGACCCGUUCGUACGCAGUUGUAAUGGAACUUCCUAGGUCCUAUAGAGUCGCUUACCUCCGUGCAGAGACGUAGUAAUUUACCCCUGAAGGAGUGUGAUUGGUGCUAUCGUGGCUGCCUGUGGAAGUCUUGCAGCGAAAGCA